AUGGCGGAAGAAGACCUAGAAGACAAGCGUCAAAUCCCCGUAGCAAUGGAAGAUCUGGGUGACAGGUGCAACGAUUUCAUGCCAAGAGGUCAUCCACUCGCGCUUUGGUACAGUUUCCGCGCGUUUCUAGUGCUGACGCCGAGCGAAACGAAUCUAAUGGAUCAAUCGGAAAUCUCUACCGUCUCAUCAGCCCUUAAUCUCGCCUUGUUCAACGCAAACUGUGAGCUUCCUUUCUUGCUAGAAAUCAAAAACAAAAACCGAGGAAUGUUUACUGGAGCGAUUGUUGGCGGUGGUUGCUCGACAGAAUUCGAUGUGGUUCAUUUUAACCGGCGACAGGAAACUGAUCACUGGGAAAUUUCAAAUCUAAGCUCGUUGUUGCACGUUUUCAAGUCUAAAGUUCGCUCUCCGAUUCCUUUACCAGUUCAAUUAUCCGUUCGUCUUACCUACGCCGUGCAAUUUCCCUUCCCUUUUUCUUCCAAAGCCGUCCGAAUUGGCAAAUACUCAACUCUUCCUUGGGGUUGUAUGAUUUCUCCCAUCGAGUUCCUUCAAUUAUCAUGCUCCUGGCCGAUCGUUUCCGAAGAUCUCGUGUCCGACACUCCCGAAUAUACCGAUCUCGAUCCUCUCCAAGCCCCACAAUGGUCAGUCCGACCGGUUUACAACAAUAACCCGAAAACGUCCAUGGCAACGACGCUUGGAGCAUUCCUGAAGCUCUGGGAUGAUGCGAUGCCGAUCGGAUUUUACCUCUCUCAAAUUGGAUACAGUCAAGGUGGAUCGACAGAAGCCGAAAACCCGCUCGACAAAGUUUCCAGCCAACCUGAAGUCGUGAAUCUCAAUAAAAUGACCGGCAACAUCACCGGUUUUAUCGACUCCAAUGUUCAGCACGAAGGCAGAUCCAAGCGCAUCCUCGAAGAGAUCGAAAACAUCAUGGCUGUCACAUUUUCUGACGAUCUGAUCACCCCUUCUAGCACCGGUCUCGGGUCUACCUGCCCAGAGUUGGAUCAGAAAAUGAAGUCUUGUCCGAGAAACUCGCUCGUUCAAAAGCUCACUUUGGCGAUCUUCCACGCUUUGAUGGGGGAGAAGGAAGUCGGGGUUCGUUUUGCUCUUCUGUGGCGAAAGUUCGUCGAGCUACUGAGAUCGCAUUUUGAGAGUAUGACGUUGCUCCCCUGCGUUGAAAGUAAACACCCACAGCUGCAGUUUUCGCUCCUCCAGCAAAAGGUUGAAAUGAUCCAGUAUUGCAUCAAAUGUAAGUUGCUUCGCGAGGGCAAGUUGUUCUCGAAAACAGCGAUUGAACAGAGGAGGCAAUCUUUGGCGGACUCUGAAGAGUCAAACGAAGAGUCGGAUGAUGAAUUUUUCGAUGCAGAUGAUGACUCAAAAGAAAUGAUCAAAAAUGAAGAUCUUCCAGAAGGGAGGGAGAAGAAAACGGACCUGAAGCUGCUGAAGUUCCCGGACAAAACUCUUUAUAUUCCAAUCACUCAGCAACCACCGCCCAUGACAGAAGAUAUGUUGGAAGCACAACAAGAAGCAUUGAUGAAUGAAAAGGCAGAAAAUCGAAUUUUGAUGCAAUCGACGAUGCUUUCAUCAGAUAUGUCCGCCUUCAAAGCUGCUAAUCCAGGAGCGGUCUUUGAAGACUUCGUGAGGUGGCACUCUCCGACGGAUUUUUCAACGGAAAACGGCCUUUCUGCUCGAAUGACCCUACCAGGAAACCACUGGGUGGAUCUGUGGUCAACAACAAAAGCAGAACCUGUUUCAAGGCAAAAACGGGUAUUCGAUGACACUUCUGUCGCCAACGACAUUUUCACCGAGCUGGAAAGCCUCCAUGUCGAUAGAAUAUGUAAAUUCCUAGCGCCGAAUAUCAUUCAUGAAGCUCUCGUUACUGCGGUCAAUAAUGUUCCUUCCGACGAUGCGUGUUUGUUCAAAAUGAUACCAAUAAGCGAUACGGUAAAGUUGUGCCAGCAUGAUGCUCUAUCUAUCAAAGCGGUCGAAGAUGUAGCCGAUCAAUUGUCAACUGUAGAGACAUUCCAGGGUAGACUGACUUGGCUUGAUUUGAACUUUUCCGAAUCGGGAGACGCCAAAGAAAUCGUCAAAGAUUUCAACAAAUCAUUCCUCUCCUCCCCGGAAACAGUCAUUCAAGGAGCUGCACGAGGACCAAUCGCGAAGAUAAUACUUGAAAAGAUUAAUGAUUCGGCGCCCCGCAGAGUGGACGAAAAUUCACCUAAGGCUCCUUAUUCUUUGAUAAAUCUCAGCCCAUCAAAUAGAGAAUACAUUCUUCGCGCGAUGGUGAACCGACCAGUUCCAGUAAGCGCAAAACUUCCGCAACGACUGUACGCUUCUGUAACGCCAACGCUUCUUGCUCGAGUACAAAGAGCGAUUGAACUUGGCAACAGCGCAAGAAUCAUCUCAUUUGUGGACUUCCAAUCAGCCUGGAGCAAGGCAGCCGAGCGAUGCAACUUCUCCAAAUUCACCAUUACCGCAGCGAAUUCAACUUUAAAAUCAAAUGAGAAGAAUCAAAAGUCAAGUGCAGGCAACAACUCCAACUCCAAUUCCUGCAAAGUCUCAUUUGUAAAUGGGGCGGAGCUUUGCGAUUCAGAGCAAGAUCUAUUGGAAGCAAUCGAGAAAUUAGUGAGCAGCUUUGCGGAGAAAGACUUUGUUGUGCUUGAUGGAUUAGAUAUUGUUUGCAGCCUUCUUCCUGAAACAGAUGAUAAAUACCUCAAAUUAAGGGCUUUUAUUGACCGACUUAUCGACAGUGAAAGGAGAUUGUGUGUUAGUUUGACGCCGAGAAAAAGUGAAAAAGAGGACGAAAAUUUCGCGAGAUAUUGGGCGCACAAUUCUGACCAAGUGGUCAUUUUGCAGAAUUUGAAGACUGGACUAGCGAGUGAUGUGACUGGAAAAAUAACCGUCAUCCGACCUGACGAAGAAUCGAAAAAAGAAGUGUUAUAUAAACUCGGCGAUCGAGGCGUAGAAAUAGUUACAGCUGGCCUUAUUUCAACAUCUGGCCGCGACGAUUUCUCAAACGUUCGAUAA